UUCGACGCGGGAAUCAGGAUUGCGAAGAUAUUGCGAUAUAUCUAUUCGUUCGCAAUUUUAUCUUGUCGUUUUACCAUCGAAGUAGUAUCCCAAAUGUCUUGUCACUUAAACUCGUCAACGUUCAGAGAGUAAGCUAAUCAAAGACUAUGUCGCAGUUCGUAUUAAAAUAACAGAACUAGAACUUGGAUACGAGGUAAACGUAAAGGUUGUAUACGAAUCACGAUUUGCUGUGUUACUUCUUGUUAAUAAAUACAUCGGUCUAAUCGAAAUUGUCUACAAAAUUGGUAAUGAAUUUUCUGCAGUGCAUAUACGCGCUUCAACGCGUGAUCGGUGCCGCGCCAUCGUCUACUUGGACGUCUUCGACGCAACAGUCUUUGUACAAUGUUUAUACAAUGUUUUUGUUUUUUCUGGUACACAGCCACCUGAUAUCACAGGUAAUGGACAUUGUAUAUGUCGUCGAAAACCAAGACGAUUUCUGCGAGAAUUUCUACCUGACGAUGGGAGUCUUCGCUUCAUGUUGUAAAUUGUGCUAUAUGUUAAGCAGUCGUGACAACUAUGACGUUAUUAUCAAAACCAUGCAGUCGGAACCUUUAGGACCGGCCAACGACGAUGAGGUCAAGAUUCAAUCGAAAUACGAAAAGUGGGCAAAAAGGAACUUGAUGAUCUACGUUACAUUGAUCGAAGGCUGUUAUGUAUUGAUACUUAUAAAUUCGCUCGCCAGAGAAUUCAUGCAAAGAAAAUUAGUCAUUCGAAUCUUCAUACCCUACAACUUUUAUCCUACGACUUCGUUACCUAAAUUUAUUGUUGUUUACAUAUAUCAAUUUCUAGUUAUGACAUUUUGUUUGCUUAUGAAUAUUACCUGUGACAAUCUGUUCGGCGGUUUGUUGAUCCACAAUUACAGCGCUUUCGACAUACUUGCAUAUCGCAUGAGUAAUGUUAUAAAGUAUGGUAACCAUUCGGCUAAACAGUGCGCUCGUCUCCAUAAUCAUAUAUACCAAUUCGCUACGAUGAUAAAUGAAGAAUUCAAAAUUAUAACGCUUCUUCAAUACCUGUUGAGCACAAUACUGUGUUGCUUGAAUCUUUACCGUAUCACGAAUAACGAGGACCCAUCGAAAGUAUAUGAAAUUAUACUUUUCUCAUUCAAUACAUACCUGCACAUAUUAUUUUUCUGCUGGUACGGGAACGAAGUGCGAGAGAAGAGUCUCCAAAUGGCUGAAGUUGUCGGCGAGACUGACUGGACAUCCUUGGACAAUGACUCUAAGAUGAUUUUCUUAAUGAUUAUGAAACGCGCAACGACGCCCAUCGAAUUUUCCACUGCAAACCUCGUGUCCAUAAACCUCGAGUCUUUCAAGACCUCAUUUUUAUUUUAUUAUUACGAGGCUAGCGUGCCCGAGUCAUUGAUAUUCAUACUUAUGACACUAUGCGGUUGCUCGCGGCCAUCAUCUUGGACGUCGCCGAGCAAGAAAUUCUUGUACAAUAUUUAUACGGUUCUCGUGUUUUUGGUCAUGCAGACUCUCGUAAUAACUCUCAUUUUGGAUCUGGUUUUCAAUGUCGAUAAUCAGGAUGAUUUUGGCGACAACUUCUACAUCACGUUGCCGAUGAUCGUCACCUACCUUAAAAUGUGUAUUAUGUUAUUCACUCGAGGGAAUAUUAAAUUCUUAGCCGAUACACUCGAAGAGGAGCCAUUUCUACCAGUGGGCGUCGACGAAAUUGAAAUUCGAACGAAAUUCCACAAAAUAUCAGAAUGGAACACAAUGGCCUAUACAAUAAUAAUCGAAUCCUGUAUGAUAUGGAUGUUUGUAACGUCGCUUCUCGUAGAAUUCGAGAACAAGAACUUAACGUUUCGCGCCUGGUUACCCUUCAACUAUUCCACGCCGCUAUUGUUUAGCUUAGCCUACGGUCAUCAAGCCCUAAGUUCUGCGAUCUGCAUUCUAUCAAACGUUGCGUGUGACAGUCUGUUCAGUGGUCUAUUGAUUCACAUUUACUGUCAAUUCGAGAUACUCGGUCACCGUCUGCAAACUACUCAAAGUGACGAGAUCGAUUCGGUGAAACAGUGUGCUCGUCAUCAUAGUCAUAUAUACAAAUUCGCUAAAAUGGUAAACGAAGAAUUCAAGGUAAUCGUGUGUAUUCAGUUUCUGGUGAGUACGAUGACUGUGUGCUUCGAUCUUUAUCGAUUGACGCAGACAAAUUUGGGCUCGAAAACCGUGGAAAUAAUGAUGUACGCUUCGUGCACGCUUAUGCAGCUCUAUUACUACUGUUGGUACGGGAAUGAAGUGAAACUCAAGAGUCUCGACGUUCCUAACAUGGUAUUUGAGAGUAACUGGACGUCUUUUAACGACAGUACUAAGAAGAUUCUGUUAAUGAUCAUGAGACGUGGAACGGUGCCUGUCGAACUUAUUAGUGUUUAUCUGGUUUCUGUAAAUCUCGAAACAUUCAAAGCAAUACUCAAGAGCUCCUACUCGGCGUACACCUUGCUUCAACAAAGUCAGUGAAUAAAUAUGGAUUCGAUCUUCUUGUGGCAUAUAAUCUUGGAGUAUACAUAAAUGAGAAAUAAGUAAAUCACUUAAUUGGGGAGCCUCGGAACAUGUACUUCAAUAUGUAGCGUAUUAUAUUGGAAACGAAUAAUAAUAUCUUUUGCAGAAAAUAGUAUACCCUCGAUGAAGUUUUUAUGCCCCUCGAUCUACAUUUGCAUUUAAGCAUAAUUGCUAGUA